GUGGGUACCAUCCUCAGUUUGUUUGCAUAUUGCCUUUUAAAUUUUAAUCUUGUUGCCCCCAUUCAUUUCCCCACUCUCUUUACUCCUUGUCCUUAGAAGAUGGAAAGUGGAUUACCUUUGCUUAACUGUCUCUUGCAGCAGACUCUCAGAACCAUUUGCACUUCUUCCAAUUCUUCCAAUUCUUCUAAGUGGGUUUAUGCUGUCUUCUGGAGGAUACUGCCUCGAAACUUUCCUCCACCAAGGUGGGAAUUUGGAGGAACUGCGCUUGAUCUCUCCAAAGGAAAUAAAAGGAACUGGAUUCUUGUCUGGGAAGAUGGGUUCUGCGAUUUUAACGAAUGCGAACAGAGGAAGAGUGGUAGUGGUUAUUUGAACGGUAGAUUUGGAGCUGACGUAUUCUUCAAAAUGUCCCAUGAGGUUUACAAUUAUGGAGAGGGACUAGUGGGAAAAGUUGCCGCAGAUAAUGGUCACAAAUGGGUUUACAACGAGAGUCACAACAACGAGUGUGAAGCUAGCUAUAUUGCUACAUGGAACACUUCGGUAGAGCCUCAACCAAAGGCAUGGGAGUCUCAGUUCAAUUCAGGGAUUCAGAGUAUAGUCAUAAUAGCAGUCAGAGAAGGCAUUGUGCAAUUGGGUUCUUUUAACAAGAUUGCAGAGGACCUGAAUCUGGUGAUCAGCAUACAAAGACAAUUCAGCUACCUCCAAAGCAUACCGGGUGUGUUUGGUAUUCAAAGAUCAUACCUACCGAUUCAACAUCCAUACAUUGUGAAGCCCAGUUUCAUAGAAAGCAAUGGAAUGCCUCCAUAUGACAUGGCCUGGAACAACCCUCAAAUAGGAGCACCAGGCCCAUCUCUUUGAUCAGGUUCUCCACCUUUACAAUUACCAUUACCAUUACCAUUACCAUUACCAACCAUGCCUUGCAGUUUUGGAGCUUUGCUAUCGAAGUUACCAUCUGGAAUCCCACUGCAUAAUCAAGUCCCUAAUUCUGGGACACAGAGCAGCACCAUCGAGAGAGUGAAGAUCGAGGACUGCGAAUUUUAUCCUACCCAUGACGGUGAUCACAAGGGAAAGGUUCCUUCCUUGAACGAGUAGCAUGGAUUCGACCGUAAUGACACUUAAUCAGAGUAGUUAGUAUAGAUUAAGAAAACGGUAAGCUAUUUAUUUUGUGUGGUGGGCACUAUGUAUUGUGGUAUGUUUAUUGGUGGCCGACAAUCUAUCAAUCAUAGCGAUCACUGUUGGUGUUUCUUUCUGCGCGCAUUUAUGUAAUGAUGAAUGCAAAGCAGACAUUAUCUAGAACAGAACUUGAUUAAGCAGUGGAACUUUUUGUAUCAUGUCAAAAAGAUAUGGAUGGUGCCUAACUCCCUGCUAGAAAGUUAAUAGGACGCAAUAAUUGAAAAUUAAAGGGGAAAUAAUAUGGUAUUAAGAUGAAUAAAGGAAGGGUGUGUGGAUAGAGAUGAGAAUAGCGUGGUGGGGAGAUGAUGGAGAUGGUAGGGUAUGGUUUGAAGUGUGGUGUUCCAUCUCGUGGGGCUGUGUUGAAAAGGAGAGUGAAGAAGGGAGUGAUAAUUGAAGUCAGCAACUCAACGUCAAGCUGCUCUGUGCGACAAUUGGUAUUUGAGCCCUGGUCCCCAACACAGUACUGUUUCCUUGACAACUCGAGUGUGUGAAAGUUACGUGUGUGAAUUCAUGUGUACACAAACUCUCACAGACACACUUUCUUAGAUAUUCAUGUCAGGAAUUACUAUCUGGACCCAUUUAUACUGC